AUGAACAAAUUAACCAAAUUAAAAUGUCUACUGGAAAGAUACCAUAUAUUCGCAGAAAUAUUCCUCAUCAGGUCUUUCUCUUUCUUUCUUUCUGUCUGUCUGUCUGUCUCUCUCUCUCUCUCUCUCUCUCUCUCUCUCUCUCUCUCUGUGAACAUUAUUGUAAAAAUAAUCUAUCUAAAUCUGUUCAUAUCUAUCUCAAUCUGUUCAUUAUCUAUCUAUCUAUCUAUCUAUCUAUCUAUCUAUCUAUCUCAAUCAGUUCAUAACUAUUUGUCUCAAUCUAUUCAUAUCUAUCUGUUCAUACCUAUCUAUGUAUCUGAAUCUAUUCAUAUCUAUCUGUCUGUUCAUAUCUAUCUAUAUCUCUGUUCAUAUCUAUCUAUUUCUAUCUAUGUAUCUAUCUAUCUCUCUGUUCAUAUCUAUCUAUCUAUCUAUCUAUCUAUCUAUCUGUUCAUAUCUAUCUAUCUCAAUCUAUCUAUCUAUCUAUAUCUCUGUUCAUAUCUAUCUAUCUCAAUCUAUCUAUCUAUCUAUCUAUCUAUCUAUCUGUUCAUAUCUAUCUAUCUAUCUAUCUAUCUAUCUAUCUAUCUAUCUCAGAAUGUUCAUUAUCUAUUCGUUCAAAGUAUAUCCAAAAAACCUUAUAAUAUAAAUUGA